GAAAGCUUUUGACGUUCAUUACACUGGACUUAACCAACGAGAAAAGAACGUUGGUGGUUGACAUUUGGCGUUGUCGCACGUGCAAGGCUGCGAUUUGUAAACAAUGUCUCGGUUAAUAGUGAAAGGAUUGCCGAAAAAGAUAACUGAAGAAAAGCUUCGAGAUGUAUUUGGCACAAAGGGAACGAUAACAGACAUUCAACUGAAGUACACGAAGGAUGGCGUAUUCAGGCAGUUCGCUUUCGUGGGCUACCAAACUGAUGAACAGGCCCAGGCAGCCCUCAAACAUUUCAACAACACAUUCAUACAAACUAGCCGGAUAAAAGUGGAAGUCUGUGCUUCUCUAGGGUCUCAGGAAAAGCCGAAAGCGUGGAGCAAGUAUUCUGAGGAGAGUUCGGCGUACAAAAAGCAACAUGGGAUCAGUGAAAAGACGGAGGAGGAGACGGAAAAAUCAAAAAGUAAACAGGAAAAGAGAAAGAAAAAACAGGAUAAAUUGGAUGAAAUAGUGGGUGGACGUAAAGAUGACCCAGAUUUUGUGGAGUUCAUUGAAGUGCACACGAAGGAUCGAAACUUGUGGGCCAACGACGCUGUGUUAGUUCCAGAAGUUCCAACAAAAGAAACUAAAGACGCAGAUAAGAAAAAGAAAUCUGAUUCAGCUAGCGAUGCAGCUCCAGAUACAAGCGUAAUUUCAGCAAAGAGCGAAAGCGACGAUUUUGAAUCAGAAGAUGAAGUGCAAGACAGCCCUAAAUUAGCAGAGAAAGAAAUCAGUGAUCUGGAGUAUAUGAAAUCGUUGAUGAAGAAACCUGACAAGGGUGAAAAUGGAUCGAUAAAAUCCCGUGAAAAUGCUUCGAAACCCAAAAAAGAUAUUGAUCUGUUUACCAUCAAAAUGCACAACAUCCCAUACAGAACGAAACGCCAAGAAAUCAUCAAAUACUUCAAGCCAAUAAAGCCAUUUUCUGUUCGAAUGCCAACUAAGGUCCAUGGUUUUUGCUACGUCGGGUUUAAGACGGAGAAGGAUUUCAAGAAGGUUAUGCUUAAAGACAAGAGUUUCAUAAACGGAAAGCAAAUUUUUUUCUCUGACUUCACAGAGAAAAAUAAAAUAUCGAAAAGCAAAUCGAACUGCGAUGCGUCGACAUCCGAAAGAGUGAAAAAUGCCAAGUGGCUGAAACAAGAAGAAGCUUUACAGAAAGAAGAAGACAUAUCCGAAUCUGGCCGAAUUUUUUUCCGGAACCUCGCUUAUACCGUUAGCGAGGACGAUGUGCAAAAACUUUUUGAACAGUACGGUCCCGUUGCUGAAGUUAAUUUGCCCAUAGAUCCGCUGACUCGUCAAAUAAAGGGGUUCGGAACUGUGACAUUUGUAAUGCCCGAACACGCUGUAAAAGCUUUCUCUGAAUUAGAUGGUACAUUAUUCCACGGAAGGUUGUUUCAUUUGAUUCCUGGGAAAAGCAGAGACAAUUUGGAAGCUGAUUCUAACGAGGAAGGGUUGAGUUUCAAACAAAAGAAAGCUCUGAAGUUGAAACAAUCAGCAGGUCAAUCGCACAAUUGGAACACAUUAUUCCUGGGGGCGAACGCAGUCGCAAAUAUAUUAGCUAAGCGAUUCGAAACAUCGAAAGAAACUAUUUUGGACUCAAGCGAAGGCGGAUCAAGCGCAGCUGUUCGUCUAGCACUUGGUGAAACACAAAUAGUUAUGGAGAUGAAAAAAUUUUUAGAAGAAAAUGAUGUUCAGUUGAGUGCUUUUGAUACUGAUCCCAAGCAGCGGUCCAAAACCAUUAUUUUAGCUAAAAAUUUACCAGCUGACACAUCAGUUUCUGACCUGAAGCCACUUUUCUCGAAAUUUGGUUUGAUAGGACGAAUAGUUUUACCACCAAGUGGUGUGACAGCUAUAAUCGAAUUUUUAGAUCCUUCAGAAGCGCGGCAGGCAUUCAAGAAACUAGCAUAUAGUAAAUUUAAAAACCUUCCACUUUACCUUGAAUGGGCGCCAGAAGGUACUUUUACAACAAAAACGGAUGGCGAGGCUGUUAAGAGUGAGCAAAAUAACAAUGAGAAGGCUGACAAAGAAGAGGAAGCUGGCAACUCAUCAAAAGUUGAAGAUCUUGUUUCCAAUGAAACACCCACUAAUACAGAAGUUUCUUCAGAGAAUUUGGUUGAGGAGGAUGACGAUGAAGCAGAACCUGAAACUACGCUUUUCUUGAGAAACUUGAAUUUCAAGACACGGGAGGAUGUUAUCCGAGAGCACUUUAAACGCUUAGGUGCAAUACAUAUGAUACAAGUUGCAAUACGUAAAAAUCCGGAGAAUCCAAAAGAAAAAGUUUCAUUAGGUUAUGGUUUCAUUCAGUUUAAGAAGAAAGUCACAGCAGAGAAGGCAUUGAAAACGAUGCAAUUCACACAAAUCGAUGGUAAUCAAGUUGAGUUGAAACGCAGCGACCGCACUUUGAAGUCAGAUCUGAAGAAACCUCAGAGAAAGCCUUCAAAUGUUUCAAAGCAAACGGGUACGAAAAUUUUAGUUCGAAACGUACCAUUUCAAGCUAAAACUAACGAAGUUCGUGAUAUUUUCAAAGCUUUUGGCGAAUUGAAAUCAGUACGGUUGCCGAAGAAGAUGACUCCUGGUGAAGAAUCACAUCGCGGUUUCGGUUUUGUUGACUUCGUGACGAAAAGUGAUGCAAAGAAAGCUUUCGACACACUUUCUCAAAGUACUCAUUUAUACGGUCGUCGACUAGUCCUCGAAUGGGCUUCUGUUGAUGAUGAUAAUGUUGAUGAGUUGAGGAAAAGAACUGCACAAAGCUUCCAUAGUUAUGAUAAACCCAGUAAAAUAAGUAAAAAAAGUGUAUUCGAAGUGAAUGCCCUGGGAAAUGUUGGUGAUGACGACACGGAGAGCUAAUGAUUAAAUAUAUGAUUUGUUACGUA